UGGUAACCAUGGUAAUAAUCAUGGCUGAUUGUUAUUCUGCUUGAGUUUGACUGUUACUAGUUUCAUUUAUAAGGCUAGUUAUAGGAAAGUGUAUUAAUUGAAUUUAUAAGAAUGUUUACAAAGAAAAAGAAGAAACCCCAGAUAUCACAUCCAACAAAUUUUGAGCAUAGAGUUCACACAGGAUUCGACAAGAGAGAAGGAAAGUUUGUUGGAUUGCCGCUCCAAUGGGCUAGCAUUGUUGGAAAUAAUCAGAUAUUGAAGAGCACCAACCGCCCUCUUCCUCUUGUUGACCCAUCAGAAAUUACACCUACAGAAAUAUUGGAUCUUAAGACCAUUGUGAGAGGAGAUGCCAGAUUUCGCAAUGAGUUGAAUGGCAUUCCCAAGACAUCACAUGUAGCACGCUCUAAUUCGCUCAGAUCCUCCUCCCCCCCUAGACUUCGCAGAGACUAUCGCCCCAAUGCCAACAUCCCACCCGCAGUGCCAGAAGGAGAAGUACUCAACAUGCCUCAGUAUCCUUCUGUCAACCGACCUCCAUAUGUGAAGCCAGGUGGUGGAGUGGAGUGGGCAGGGCAGCCGCCUCCUAACGACCCUAACUCCAGGACACCUGAAGACUUCAGGGCACCUUCCUAUCACCCCAACCAUCAUGUGCCUAAUGGAACCCCUUCUCCACAGAUGACAGGCUCAGGUACAGCAAGUGUGGAGGGGUACACAGUUGGAGGCUACAGACCUCCACAGAACACUAGCCUUGCCCCCAGACCUCAAGGUUCAUCUCCUACGCAAACACCACAACAUAAUAUUAAUAAAGUUACUCCAGAAUUGCCACAGAACAGUCGACUAGCUGACCAAAACCAAAAUGUGAGCAAGCUACAAACAAAUGGAAGCCAGCAGAUACCAGCAAUGAGCAAGCAACAUCACGAACAGCAACGCAUCACCCACGAACAAUUUCGAGCAGCUCUACAGAUGGUCGUUAGCCCCGGAGAUCCCCGUGAAAACCUAGAGAACUUCAUGAAGAUCGGAGAGGGAUCUACAGGCACCGUGUGUAUAGCCACUGACAGACUCACUGGUCGAAAAGUUGCAGUCAAGAAAAUGGACUUAAGAAAACAGCAAAGGAGAGAGUUGUUGUUUAAUGAGGUUGUUAUCAUGAGAGAUUAUCACCAUCCCAACAUUGUGGAGAUGUACGAGAGUUUCCUAGUGGGAGACGAACUGUGGGUAGUUAUGGAAUUUCUAGAAGGAGGAGCUCUCACAGACAUUGUUACUCAUGCUAGAAUGGAUGAGGAGCAGAUCGCUACAGUCUGCAAACAGUGUCUCAAGGCUCUCUCGUACCUGCAUUCACAAGGAGUGAUCCACAGGGAUAUCAAGAGUGACUCAAUUCUAUUAGCAGCAGAUGGAAGGGUGAAGUUAUCUGAUUUUGGGUUUUGUGCCCAAGUGUCUCAAGAACUUCCCAAGAGAAAAUCAUUAGUAGGAACUCCAUAUUGGAUGUCCCCAGAAGUGAUUUCCAGACUACCAUAUGGUCCAGAAGUUGAUAUCUGGUCGUUAGGUAUAAUGGUUAUUGAGAUGGUUGAUGGUGAGCCUCCUUUCUUCAAUGAACCUCCCCUGCAAGCCAUGCGCCGUAUUAGAGAUAUGCCUCCACCAAAGUUAAAAAAUACACACAAGGUGUCUCCAAGGCUGCAAGGCUUUCUAGAGAGGCUGUUAGUUAGGGACCCGGGACAGCGAGCAACUGCUGCUGAGCUGCUGUUGCAUCCGUUCCUGCGGCAAGCUGGCCCACCCGCUUUACUGGUACCCCUCAUGCGGGGCUCACGACACAGCAAUUGCUAGCACUGUCAUUGUAUAAAUGUAAUUAGUCUUAAGUGUAAUACCAGUAGAAUUGGUAUGUUUUUUGAAAAGUGUUAGGAAACCUUAGAAUAAAAACUGAACUUACCAAAUAGUUAAUUUAUAAGUUUUAUAUAAACUUUUAAUAUUUAUGUUUUGCAUUGAGAUGAUAACUACCUAUUUUUUAUACUAGAUGUAAUUGACUAAACCCAUAUUAUAACAGAUUUAUAAAAUUUAUUUCUUCUGGUAUUGAAAGGAGUUGCCAAACAGAUAUAACAAGCUCAUAAAAUAAUGUAAAUCAGUGGUUCCCAUCUGAGCAGAAUCUGGAGGAUUUUCAAGUUUGGUUAAGACUAUUGCAAGUAAAACACAACAAAAGCAAAAUAUUGGUAUCGUAUGAACUAUAAACUUGUGUUUUGGUGUUUUUUUUACCAAAGCAGUAAAUAAAUAAGUUUGAAUUUAAAAUUUUAGAAGACAUGGUGCAACCACUCUGUUAUUUUUAUGGAAAAGUUUAUAUAAAAUGCAUCCAACCCAACCAAUGAUGAUGGUGAACCUGGAAAGAUGCAAACAAAAUUAAUUUUGUAACAUUGUCUAUUGUUAACAAAAUACUUUUGUUUAUUCAGUUUAAGGAAAAACUCACCUUCAUUGCUGCUUCAUGCUUUAAACCCAUAAUUAGUAAGUUAUCUAAUUUAGAUACAUGUUUAGUGUAGUAAUGAUGUCAUUAAAGUUACGAGAAUUUUCAAACCUUGGUCAUCUUUUGAAGGUAAUCAAGUUCUGGAGGUCACGUUAAUAUUUUCUAUCCAAAAUCUUUCAAAAAGAAGGAUUUUUUGUCUGUAGCAAGUUGUUGAGCCUAAUUUCUAUUAAGUUUGGUAUAAAGUUAUACAUGGACUACUCUUAUACUUGGUCUUAGAACGUGAUAUAAACCAAACUAAAGUAAUUGGUUACAUGCCCAAUUAGUACGCUCAAUUAGUUUUCAUUGAACAAUACCUCUAUCAUUAAUUACUUAUUUUUGGACAAAAAAUAACUAAACUGAAUGUAAUUUUUUUUUGAACGAACUGUAUUUACCUCAAAUUGUAUAUAUCAUUAUUACCUAUUAUUUAUUAAAUUGAUUUAAAAUUGUCUUGCAUUUCUUACAAGUACAGGAGAUUAUGCAGAAAUUCGAUAGCCAGUUUCUAAAUUUCAACUUAAAAUUCAUUUAUUUAUUUCAUGAAAUGUUUAUUUAAUAUCCAUCACCAUAUUCAACUUUUUUCCAUAUUAUACUUUCAAAAAAUCACAUUUUAUCGCUUUUAAUAGUACAUGAUAAGCAACUUUGUUUUAACUGUAUUACUUACACUCUUCAUUCUUAAUAUUUAAAAUCUGCUGAAUUCAUUGCAGAGAGUUAUAGGUGGCUUCCUUGAAUCAUUGUCAUAAUUAAAUAUUUAGUACAAAUUACUUCCUUUACAUUAGGUUACCUUCUUGUGUUUAGAACUACCUUCUUGGUUACCUCAGAACUAGUUUAGUUUCACUUUGAUUGUUGACCAGUAAUCCAAAUCUUCAGGGUUGUUUCACUUUGAUCAUUCCACACUGAUACUUGAGAUUCAGACUAGAUUUUCUUCCAGCCCUCUUUUCCUUUGCUCAGAUAAUUUAUUUUUGUAUCUCGUAAACUAUUUUCUUGAAGUGUUAUAUGAGUAAAACAUUCUCCACUGACAGUAUGACUGUUAAUGGAUCACUAUUACUUAUUGAACAAUACUGUAACUGCUAAUUUAUCAAAAAGUAAAUCAUGUUGAUGAGGUGUCAAUGGUUUGUUUGGAUAACAGUUAGGUUGAUUAGUGCUGAUUUUGAUUACUUAAGAAAGAGUUUAGAUGUUAUAUUGUUAAAGUGACAAAAGUCAUCAACAGUGUUGUGUAUUCUUGCUUACUUUUUGAUUCUUAGUUGAAGUGGUGGAAUCUUCUUGUCAUUCAAUAUCAAAACUUCGCUGAAAAGUUUCCAACAAAUUAAAACUUGUAGUAUGAAAACAUAUGUAUUUAUAAAGAUGAAAAUCCACAUUUAUUUAAAUGUGUCUGAAAAUAAAGAAAUUAUAAAAUAAAAGAUUCUUGGAGCAGUUUAAAUUUAAAAUUAAACGUAAAUAAUAAGCACACUGUUCCCGAUAUAAAUGUGUAUAUUAGAAACCGAAUGCUUCUAAUUAUUUACGUUGAAUACUAUACAAUGUUUAAAUAUUAUAAAUGGCAUAAAUAGGACAUUUAACCACUAAGUGUUAAUCACCAAUUGUUGACUGUAACAUUGAUCCUAUAUUUCCCUUCUUCAAUUUUUGUCUUCUCUGUCCAUUCUGUAUUCUUUCGCAUCAAUAUUUCUCAUCUUUCAGUUAAUUUAUAGAAUAGACUGAUAAGAAACUCACAAGCUGUAAGAAAGAAAUUUGAUUGUUCAUGUUGUUCCAGAACAUCAUCAUUUACAUAGUUUCAUCUACUUUUACAUACUCCUCAGAGACUUAAAAAUGAUGAGGUUAUGUGAUUUUUGAAUACCAUGUAUAAGAAAUGUAAGAAGAUGUCUGAGAUUUGGGAACCAUUCAUGUAGAUUAUUUUAGAAUAAAAUAAGUUAAAUGCUUUAAAAAUAUUCUAGUUCAUAGACUUUAUGCUUAGUAUUAAUAUGUUAAUAGCAUUUCAUCUGAUUUAGAUUUAUAGUAUCUCUUUUUUUAAUUCACUAUUUUAGAUUGAAAGUUUUUUAAUUAGCCUGAUUGGCAAGGCUAAAGCAUUCUUUUCAGUCAAGCUUCACUUCACUAAAACCUAUUUUAAAAUUAAGAAUGUUUAUAAAUAAUAGUUAAUAAUAGUUAUGUCUUAUUCUUCUCAUUCUAUAAAAUAUUCGUGAACCUCAUGUUUAGUGAUUGUAAAACCCAGCAUGAUAAGACAAGUAACUACAGAAAUUAAUCAGAACAGUGAUUGCAUUGUUGCUAACAACCAUAACAUCGCUCGCAUUACAUUACUGGUAAAUGAAGAAAUUGAGAUCUAUUAUAAGUAGAUAAUGAAUCCUUGUUUACUUUAUUUUAUAAUA